CUGGAAGCCGCCUAGUGGCAUCCCUUAUUCCGAAACACGCGAAAGAAAUGCAAAUAUUAGUUAGCAAAGGUGUUUAUAAUAAAAUAAUCUGCUUGAAUUGAAUUGAAGCUCACCAGGACCAGCACACUACCUCCGCGAAAAGAAUUUACCAUAUUUACCAAUUCCUAUAACCGACACAAGCUACCAUGGCUGGCGUACUCUUCGAGGACAUCUUCAACGUUAAAGACAUGGAUCCGGAGGGCAAGAAGUUCGAUCGUGUGUCCCGCCUGCACUGCGAGUCCGAGUCCUUUAAGAUGGACCUCAUCCUGGACAUCAACUCGUGGCUGUACCCAAUGGAGCUGGGCGACAAGUUCCGCCUCGUUCUGGCUACCACUCUGCGCGAGGAUGGCUGUCCGGACAGUGGGGAGUACAACCCCAUGGAGCACGAGGGCACGCGGGCGGACAGCUUCGAGUACGUGAUGUACGGCAAGAUCUACCGGAUCGAGGGUGACGAGGCGCACAACGAGGCUUCCCGGCUCUCCGCCUACGUGUCCUUCGGCGGCCUGCUAAUGCGACUGCAAGGAGACGCCAACAACCUUCACGGCUUUGAGGUGGAUCAGCAUAUGUACCUGUUGAUGAAGCGACUGGCCUUCUGAAUUUCCCUUAUACUUGUUUCCGUUCGAAAAUUAGACAUAAACAACAAUCUUUAUUUA